CAUGCUUCGCCGCGACGCAUGUUUCCUGUGGAAGUUAGUGCACGUAACGCACUCAUACACGAUACGCGUAAUUGUUAUCAUCAGUGAUUGCAUCUGUUGACUCUAUUGCAUUUCGUGACUUUGACUGUAUAAGCCCAGAUAUUAUACAUAUUGUCGGCUAAUGUCGUGAUUGUGGGAAACCGACGUCGCCGUAAGGUAUGCACGUCGAGUGAGAUGGUGACAUGAAGCAUGCGUUUGUCGGCGUGGUGGCAGAUUCUUUUGGCGCUGCUGGUGCGGUGCUCCGCGCAGACCAUCGUCCCCUCGUUAUGCGAGGAAGAGUUCUGCCGAUGUGACUCCUUCACCAGACUACAUUGCAAUUGUACAGAUACCAAUCCGGACGUAGUUUUAAGAGCUGAUGGUGCGUACAGGGUACCCUCAACAGCCACCGCAAUCAUCAUCUAUGGAUGCCAACGAGUCCAGUUCUUGCCGGAGACAGUGCGAAAUCUUAUUCAGCUAAGAAAUAUAGAAAUCAGUGAUUCACAGAAUGUAGUCAUAGAUGACCGCGCAAUGGCGUGGUCACCAUUCUCUCGUCACGACGAGAUGACGCCGGGCAUCAGGAUCGUAAUACAGAAUAGCACGAUCAGUGAGAUCUCAGCAUACGCGAUCCAAGGACGAGUGAACGAUAUCAUUCUCAAUCGUAAUCGAAUCUUCCACAUGGAGCCGUUUGCUUUUUCUAGUCUAAUAGGUGUUAAAAAUAUCCAACUAACUGACAAUAUUUUUGAAAACAUCGAUAUGCAAGCAUUUAAACAAUUCACUACACAAACUUUUCAACUAAGAGGAGGGGUCAUCGGCACCUUACCAAGUAGAUUCCUUUCCGACGUGGAAGUGACUGAUCUUUUUUGGAUGGAGGGAGUUAGAGUGAACAGCAUAAAUAGUAUGACUUUUCUAAUUAAUUCGCCAAAGAGAGUGAUAGUGGAAGGUAAUCGGAUAGGCACGUUACAAGGUGACGGAUUUCUUAUUUCUACUAGGGGACCUGUUACUUUUAGGAAUAAUACUGUGACAAUAGUGAGAAACGGGGCGUUUCAUGGUUUCUCGGUGCAACGAGAAACCGUGUCUGUGUUGGGAAGACAAGAACUCCUAUUGGACAACAAUACCGUGACGGAGCUAAUGCCGUCAGCGCUCACGUACAACAAUACGCUAUCGCUGAGAAUCGAUGGCCUAAAGCUGAACAGAACUUGUUCGUGCGAACUCACAGAAGACUGGCACAGCAUGUUAGUUGAACAUGGCGGGACCAUUUCGUGUUGGUAUUCGCUAGAAGACCAUUUCGUUUCGCUACCAACCUUCAUCAACAAUCGGUGCGGAGAGUUUAAGCAGACGUUUUGGAUCUACGUAGUGAUAACCUUUGUAGUGGUGAUAGUAAUAGCAAUCGCUAUAACAAUAUGGUGGAUAAGAAGCCAGAAUAGGAAAAAGAAGAGUAAAGUGCAGAUUGUGAUGCCGGACGGUAAGACCUAUCGGGAAACGGAAAUUUACAUAAUGGAGCGUGCGGAACUGCUCACUACAGAUUUGUGAGCGAACAUUCCAAGUUUGCACAAGGUCUCGGACCCAAGUAAGAGGUUUUUACACUAAAGACGCGAUUAGUGGUGUGAUGUGCAGUGUCUGUACCUUCAGAACUACCUCAGUACCGGUCCACGAUAAAAAAUUUUGCAUUCACCAUGAUCCGAGUUUAGCCCGUUUAAACUUUUUUAUCAGUAUUACAUCGCUCGGCUCAGGACGGCCAGUGUUGUUACGUUACCUAUCUUGUUAUUUUUGUCAAAGUACAAUAAAAUAUUUGAAUUAUGA